AUGCCAUCUUCGAAGCUUUGCACGGCUUUCGUUCGGCGCACAUAUGGCCCCUCAAAAACCCCCAGGAGGCAAUUCCAUGCUUCGAGAUAUCUGCUAGAUACAGCACGACCAUCUGAAGCCGAGGUCGACCGCGCACGAGCAUACUGUGCGAAUCUCAUCCGAAGCUACGAUGCUCCCUCACACAUCCUCCAGACCUUCAUACCGCAAUCCUCGCGCGAUGCAUACCUCGCAAUCCGCGCCUUCAAUGUCGACGUCGCCCGUGUCGCCGACACGACCAGCACGCCCACAAUCGGCAUGAUGCGCAUGCAAUUCUGGCGAGACACGGUCACAAAAGCGCUGGCCGGCACACCUCCCAAGGAGCCAGUCGCCAUACUACUUGCGAGAGCCGCCGAAGAUUUGCAUGAGCGGUCGGGCCAAAAGGCCAGGCUGAGCAAGAACUGGUUUCUUCGCAUCAUCAAUACAAGAGAGCAAUAUCUAACGAACCCACCGUAUCCCACCUUAAGCGCGCUCGAGAGCUAUGCGGAGAACACGUAUUCGACCAUGAUGUACCUUACACUUUCGGCACUACCGCAGGCCUCGAUAACCACGGAUCAUAUCGCAUCACAUAUCGGUAAGGCCAUGGGAAUUGCAGCCGUGCUGCGGGGCAUUCCGCUCAUUGCCUUCCCCCGCCAACAGCCUCUAGGCGGACAAUCGGGUCCAACCCAAGGAGCUGUGCUAUUACCACUAGACGUCAUGGCUGAGGCAAACGUUAGAGAAGAAGAUGUCUUCCGUCAAGGUGCCUCCGCGCCCGGCCUGCGCGACGCCGUCUUCACUGUCGCCACACGUGCGAACGAUCAUCUCAUCACAGCCCGAGAGAUGCUAUCAAAACUACGAUCCGAAGGCACUCUUGGCCACGAUUUCGAACACCAGAACGAAGAGGAACACCAGUAUAGCCCGCAGCAAUUGGAUGCUGGACAGGAUGCGCAGUUGGCUGAAGUCGAGCAAGCUUUCGGUGUCUUCAUGUCAAGCAUAGCGACACAAUCGUGGCUGGACAGACUACAGAAGGUGGACUUUGACGUUUUUGAUGCGAGUCUGAGGAAGGUGGACUGGAAAUUGCCCAUGAAGGCAUAUUGGGGUUAUAGCCGGCGGAAGAUAUGA